CACCCCCAUUUGCGAGAGGCGGAUCAUCUCCGUGCCCCGUGGUUCCAACCACGUAGUAAGCCAUAUAAUAUACGACCUCUAUAUGCACCAGGUUUCUGAGUUCACGAUCUUCAACAAAAACUGUGAACAAUCAAUACCGGAUUUGACCUCGGCACCCUGGCCUAUUAUGGAAAAUCUAAAUUAAAAAUACACUCGGCUUGUUAGUUGUUGUUGCACAGUCGUAUAGUAUACGCGAUACAAGCAUAUCAUAAUCCUCGUUUGAAAUUGGUGAUCGCAAAAAUUGAGUAACCGGACCACAGGCGACGUGUCCUUGAUUCAAGUACGAGUUUUGUGUCACACACUGAUCAGUACUUGCUGGUCAUUUAUAGCUAAUCGAUUUCUCUCUCUAUGUUCAGUAAACAUACAAAAUGUGUUUGAUACUGACGGUGACUGGUGUGAUAGUGACGAUCGGGAUUGCAAGAAUCAUUGAAUUUUGUUUAAGGAGACCUUACAUAGAGACAAUAACGGACAAGUAUGUGUUCAUUACUGGAUGCGACACUGGAUUCGGCAACAAACUUGCUAAGCAGCUAGAUACCAAAGGUGUUCAUGUCAUCGCAGCCUGUCUGACCGACAAAGGUCGAAGAGACCUUGAUGACGUCACAUCCGGGAGGGUCAAGACCUUGCUCCUCGAUGUCACUGAUCAUGAUAGUGUUGUCAAAGCCUAUGAAGAAGUGGUAAAGAUUAUACCACAUCAGGCAGCCCUCUGGGGAGUUGUGAAUAAUGCUGGCAUGUCGAGGAAUUCUGGUUAUGUGGUAUGGAGCAGAAAAGAAGACUAUGAGAAAGUAUUAGGGGUAAACUUGCUCGGUACCGUCGACGUCACUCUGACGUUCUUACCGCUUCUCAGGAAAAGCAGCGGUCGAUUGGUCAACGUCGCUAGCUGUGCCGGGCGGAUGGCCGGUCAACCCGCGGGCUACUGUGAAUCAAAAUAUGCCGUAGAGGCUUUUUCUGAUUUAGUUAGGAGAGAGCGAAAACUCUUUGGUUUUCGCUUCCGCGUGAGCAUCAUCGAGCCUGGAGUUUUCUCUACCCAUAUAGCAUCGAAAGAAAACAUGUCGAACUGUGUUACAUCAGCAUGGAAUCGUCUGUCUGAAAAUGAGAAGGAAGAUUUUCCUGAAUCGUUCCUUAAGAAAUAUAUCGACGAAAAAUCGGCCCUCAUCGAUAAAUUGUCAUCACGUGACCUCUCGCAGGUCACUGACGUCAUGGAGCAUGCUCUGUUCUCUAAAUGGCCUCGGACGAGAUACGCUGCUGGGUGGGAUGCUAAACUGUUAUGGGUUCCCCUUUCAUAUUGCCCCACCUGGUUCCAGGACAUUGUAUGGUCAUGAAUUUGUAUCUUCAAAUGUAUUGAUAAGUUAGGUCGCAGAGGGCGCUAUACUUUUAUGUUGUUGAAAGAUUUAAGCUCUGGGGUCCGUUGCAGAAAGAGUUGCAAUCGAUUGCAGCUCUAAAAA